CUCGGCUUGUUCGGUGUACGGACGUUUGUAGAGGAGCUCGGCACAGAUAUGACUUCCACACACAACUACCAGAGCCUGGAGGCCGACAGCAAACCCAGCUCCAGAGUAUUGAAGCCUCCGGGAGGUGGAUCAAGCUACAUUUUUGGCACUUCUGAAGAACAGUCCAUUUCAACCCGACAGCACAGGAUGGACUCCAAUAUCUUCGGGUCCGCUAAAGAACCUGAAAACAUGCCAAAGAGGUCCAACCCUCCAGGUGGAAAGACAAGUGGUAUAUUCCAGGAUCGCAAACCUGUGCAAGCAGCAGGAAAGCAGAACCCGCAAGGAGGAAAGAGCAAUGACAUCUUCGGUGAUGGAAAACUACCAACAAGCCCCAAAGCGCAUCCAAAUAAACCGAAGGAUAACAUUUCUUUAAAAGAACCAGAGAGACCGCCUCCUCCACCUCCAGCUCCCACACCAGAGCCCACGCCAGAAGUGAAAACACCAGUGGCCAAAGAGGAGAAGAAGAAGGUUGCAGUGCCAGAAGUAGACCUUUCCAGACAUGAACCUCACCUAGGCCCCCGGCCACGCUCCCACAACAGAGUCCUGAACCCACCAGGGGGCAAAUCCAGUGUCACCUUCUAUUAACAACCACAAUGUAACCGAGUUAGCAGGGUGGCCCUAUGCAUGUGAAACAUACUGUAGCUCCCUUAGAUCAGGGCAGAGCAUCAAUUAAAGGCCAGAAAAUGACAAGUUUAUUCCUGCUUGGUACCAAACAGAUGAAAAGUUCAUAUUGCACCCAGCCAUCCUAACCACAACUGCAUACUGUUUUGCAGAAAGGACAUUUUAUGUCUGGUAGCUGGAGAAAUCCCUACAUACUGUAGUUUUAUUGGUA